GGCGCCCACCCUGGCUGCAUUGCGUAUAUAAGGGUGCAGUACCUUGCUUCUACAGUGGUUACUUCUUCCGCAGUCAUGAAACUUGUAGCUGUUUUGGUUGGUCUGUUAGCGGUGUGUGGAGUCCAGGCUGAAGAUGUUGCCGACACAGGGAAUGAGGCAAGAUUAAUUGCUAACUAUCAGACAACUACCUUUACACAGAUGAGCACCAUCACCACCGUGGCUCACUACACCUGCGUCAAUAGUGCCGCCGCUACCCCCUGCACCGGCCGAAGGCGACGUAACAUCAACUUAAACAUCGAUAGCAACUCUGGCGAUUUCAACCCUGACAUUUCCGAGACACUUGUCGGCAGUUUAUCGGACACCGAGCUUGAAGAACCCAGGGACGGCAGCGACAAGGAAAAGUUCUUCUCCCCGCUCUGGAAGAAAACCACUUCCACCUUCACGGUCCCUCCAUUUCCCAAAAUGGGAUAUACCGUGUCUGUGUCACGUUUCUGCCCCAACGCCUCCAUACUGACGACCUUUGUUAAAACAGCUAAAUAA